ACAGCACCUAUCCACUUGCCUCCAUUACAAUAGAACAAAUUUGGCUAUAUAUCGGCCUGUUUUAUUUAUUGGAUUGAUAUUGAUAAUGUUAAAAAGUAACAUUUAAUGGCUGAUACAACAGCUGCUAUGUUAUUUAUCAUCCCUAACAAAAAGAAAAUUCAAAAGAAAAUAAUUAAUUAUUUUGCUAUCAUGUGUGAAAUACAGGUUCAAUCCUAAUCUUCUAAUUUUUUUUAUCAUUAAAAAUGUCUAAAAGUCCAGUCCACAGGACACAGAGACGAAGACGAGUCUGAAGCUGGUGAAGCUUCAUGCCUACUCCAUCACAGGCGCAAAGGAGGUUCAUUCUUAUGGCCGUCUGGUUCAGCUGGUGCAUAUCAGGAACCCGUGGGGUCUGGUGGAGUGGAUAGGCCCUUGGAGUGACAAUUCCACAGAGUGGAACAGCAUCCAACCUGAGGAGAAAGCUAAACUGGUAUAUUCAGCUGAAGAUGGAGAGUUCUGGAUGGCGUAUUCAGACUUCAUACAGCAGUUCUCGAGGUUGGACAUCUGUAAUCAGACUCCAGACGCCCUUUCAAACGCCACUGUGAGCCGCUGGAACUACAGCCAGUUUGAAGGUGACUGGAGGGUGGGAUCCACUGCAGGGGGCUGCAAGAAAAAUAAAGCUACAUUCUGCUCAAACCCUCAAUUUGUAAUCAAGCUGGAGGAAGAAGAUGAUGAUCCUAAUGAUGUAGAGGAUGGCUGCACGAUCCUAGUGGGUCUGAUGCAGAAAGAUUUUCGUAAGGACAAGCGGAUUGGACGAGAACCGAACGCCAUUGGCUUUACUAUCUAUAAGGUUCCAGAUAAGUUAAAGGGUCGCAACAACAUUCAUCUCGGCCCUGAUGUAUUGCUGCAUCAGCAGUCCACUGCACAAAUCAAGUGCUUCACCUACCAGCGAGAGGUGAUUGAGCGCUUCAAACUGCCUCCUGGUGAAUACGUCAUCAUCCCUUCCACUUACGAGCCGCAUUGCAAUGGAAGAUUUAUACUGCGCGUCUUCACAGAGAAAGAGGCAGCUGCCAGCCCGAUGGAUAUGGAAAUCAGUGCAGAUGUGGAAAAGCAAUACAUAUCUGAUAGUGAUGUGGAACCACAUUUCAAACAACUUUUCAAUCAGUUUGCUGGAAAUGACUCAGAGGUGUCUGUGUAUGAACUAAAGCAGAUCCUGGACAGUGUUAUCUCCAAACGAACUGAUGUCAAGACCGAUGGGUUUAGUAUGGAAACCUGUCGUCACAUCAUCAGUCUGCUAGAUGUAUCCUUACCCCACUGGAUCAUAUGA